AUGGCGCUCAAUGCACUCAAAGGCACUCGCUGGCGCUCAAAGGUACUCAAAGGUAUUGGACGUGGCAUUGUGGUGGAACUAUGGAGGCAGGGUGCCAAUAUAGCUACUCUUUCAAAUCAACCUGCAAACCUUAAGAAGCUGAAAGAAGAAUAUCCAUCGAUAGACGUAGUAGCUGUAGAUCUUUCAGACUGGGAUAAAACUAGAGAAAUCGUGGAAUCCUUAGGAGUUUUCGACGCUCUAGUAAACUGUGCUGGUAUUGCGAUGGUUGAACCCUUUUUAGAAUGCAGUUCAAGCACUUUUGACAAAACAAUAUCAAUUAAUACAAAGGCUAUUUUGAACGUCAGUCAGAUCGUCGCCAAGAAAAUGAUCCAGAAUGGAAUACGAGGUUCCAUAGUGAAUAUUUCCUCGAAGGCAUCUCAAGCGGCUCUUCAAGAUCAUGUUGCGUAUUGCGCUUCAAAAGGCGCAGUGGAUGCGAUGACAAGAGUAAUGGCGUUAGAGCUAGGCCCCCACGGCAUCAGAGUUAACACGAUCAACCCAACUGUUGUCCUGACUGAAUUGGGCCGGAAAGUUUGGUUGACUGACCCUGCGAAGGCAGAAAAAUUACUCGCCAAAAUUCCAUUGGGAAGAUUUGGUGAAGUGCACGAAGUUGUAAAUGCCGUUCUAUUUCUGCUAAGCGAUGAUGCGAGAAUGAUCAGUGGCGUUCACCUGCCUGUGGAUGGUGGUUUUCUGGCUACGUAAUCCGAAAUUGCAACGUUACG